GGAACUAUUGUGAUAGAGACACUUGUGGAGAAGUGGCUAGAUGUGUUCAACUAUUCAGCAAUUAUACCUGCCUGUGCCACUAUGGAUACUACUAUAACAACAAGAAUUGUCUCAGAGGGAAAGUAUUCCCAGGGGUCAUCACACUGAAAGAAACUUACGGAGAUGAUGUUGAAAUUGUAAAUACCAUGGAGUAUGAAGAGGUGUUCCAAAACAUAACAAACUUUUUUGAGUCUGUCUUCAGCAAUUACACAGACUUCAAAGAGACUGUCAUCAUGAAAGUUCAACUUCAAAAAAGCAGAGCUUCUUCAGUGGAUAUAACAGUGAUAAACCUGUUUACGGAGAACUCAACUGUAGAGAAUGAAACAGUUACUCAUGUAAUAAAUAAUGCAACACAACGUUUCCCAGAUGUCUAUAGUUACAGAGGUGAAACCCAUUGUGAUAGUUUUUGUGAUAAAGAAACCACAAAAUGCGAAGAAAAGGAGUUUCCAAAAUGUGAAUGCAGAAGCGGUUUCUCAAAGACAGAGUGGGAUGAUCGUUCCUGUUCAGACUGUGCAAACUGUUCUGCAGUAGAAAACAAGAACUGUGUAAAAGAAAAUGGGAUUCCAAGAUGCAAAUGCAUGAUUAACUUCAAAAAUAAGGAUGGAAAAUGUGUAGCUUGUCCCGUGGGCUACUCUGGGGAUGACUGCAAUAACAAUAGUGAACUCAUCCUUAUAAUAGUGGGUACAGUGUUUGGAGCCAUUAUCCUGUGUUUAGUGAUAGCAGUCUCCGUUGUUGCAGUAAGAGCCAAACACAAACAAGAUCCAGAGAAGAAGAGCCUGAUAAAAUCAAGAUAUUCCAACUCAAAUCCCUCUGAUGAUAGACAGACCACAAUAUUCCCCAGAGUCCAGACCACUUCUGGCCACGUAAACACAGGAUAUCAGCCAAAUAACCCAUAUGAGAUGCGUUCUGCACAUAGAGAUUGUUAUCCUGAAAGGGAUUAUGAUGAUCUGGUAAGUGUUUCACACAGGCCUUCUGGAAUUGUGUUCCUGAAGUGA